AGCUGCCACCACUUCUUCUGCGAGAAGUACAUGGUCCACCCAAAAAUCAAAGCAUGUCUUUGAGAAGAUGACGCGUCUGCGUCCCCGCCCACAACCGCGUUCUCUGGAUAUAGGACCUCACCGCGAAGAACCUGAAGCGACAAGCCGCGCAUUCCUGUGACGUCGAGAAGCUUGUCGUUGCAGCUGGUGGUCACGUAUUAAAAUAACUUCCUGCACCUCCUUCUACUCGCCUUGGUGCUACCAGGGCUGCGGGACGCAGCUUUGGUUUGCGUUUGUUGACUUCUUCUCGGGAUCGUUCUCGCGGCAAAAUAAAUCGGGAAUCACUUGAAAAGCAUUUUGGUCGACGAAGUAGAAGAAGAUGUCGGCGUACGUGCUAUCUUGGUUGAACGACGAGCUACAGCUCUCGGCCGGCCAGGUCACCGUGAUCGAAAAGCAGUUUGCCUCGGGUAUGGCGUUCUCAAACGUUACAUUCUCAGCUGUUACAUGAAAUUUGUCAUGCAAGAAUGGCAAAAGUGAAAGGGAAAAGAUUGGCCCUUUUGCAUUACAGGUUUGGAGCAGAUUAUAAUGGUAACUAGCGCGUCGAGAAGUUGUCAUGCGGAGAAGGCUUGAUCGUGUGCAGAGCGAUAGUGUUUUUGCAUGACAAAUCAUGUAACAGUUGAGAAUGUAACAUUUGAGAACGCCAUAUCGGGAUACCUCUUCGCGGAAGUGCUGCACCGGGCGCAUCCAAAAAUUGUCACGUCGGACGACCUAUCCUGUGCAAAAGUAUCGUACUCGUACUGAUUGCAGUUAUGCAUUACAAAUCUCCUCCACAAGGCAAAUCCGCAUUACAAAUUUAAUUUGUAAUGCUAGGCCAAUUUGUAAUGCAAUUUAUACGAGUACGAUACUUUUGCAGUUCAUAUGACCUGGCUGAGUUCCUCAAUGACAAAAAAGGUAUCAGAAUGUUGUGACGAGUCAUUCUCAUUUAACUACGAUCCAAUCAAUCUGGUUGUGGACGACAUAUGAUACCGAUAUUACGCCGAUAUUAUGUAGUAGAACAUCAAAAACUUCUGUUGAGACUCUUCUGAAACUGAAGAAACUCGUGUUUCACUUUCAUCUUCAUGAUCUUGCGAUCGACACAUCCGGAUCCGUAUAAAACAGCAAAAGGCGUGACGGUCGCGGGCGCGAAGAAGCACAACGCGGGUUUGCUCCGCAAGACGCUGAAGAAAUGCGAGUUCAUACCGUACCAGGACGAUUUGGUGGAGCAAAUCAUGGGAGAGGACCGGGGCACGAGCCUGCGGUUGCUGUACCAGAUCCGCAAGUAUGCAUUGCAAAAGUAUCGUACUCGUAUAAAUGCAUUACAAAUUUCCUCAGCGUGACAAAUGAAAUUUGUAAUGCAGAUUUGCCUUAGGACAGAGAUCUGUAAUGCAAGAGUUACAUUUAUACGAAUGCGAUACUUUUGCACAGGAUAGCAAGAGCCUGGACGAGCCGAAGGUGCACGAGAAGCCGGAAAAAAUUCCCAAGCUCCCCCGGACGGAGCUGGAUGCGUCGGACGUGUACUGGUACAACCUGGGCGGCCAUAUCUCACGAAAAUGUGUUACAGUUACACAUUUGUUGGAGUUCCUGCAUCACAAAGUUGCUCGACAUGCCAAAGCAAACCUGUGAUGCGCAGACUAUAAGGGAAAACACGAAUGAAAUGAGGCUGGCAACAAGCAUUUCUUGCAUGACAGCGGUUGCCUGUCUUGCUUGUUUCGCAACACAACGUGUAACUGUAACACUUUUUUCUUCGCAUAGCCCACAAGGAGCCGUUAUUGAAGCCCUUCUUCGACGAGGAGCGGCAGCAGAUCAUCCACGGGCUGGAGCUGGACGAGCAGCAGGAAGCCGAGAUUCUGCACAACCGGGACGUGAACCGUGCCUACCUGCUGCAGAAGGAGGUGGAACGCCGCCAGGAGAUGGCGGACGACGACGAGCGAGUGCUGCAGUUCUGGCGGAACACCUACCGCGCGGACGUGCGGAAGACCGCGGAGGAGGUGCGGGUGGAGCGCGAGGUGCUCGCCCGGGAGCAGGCUACCAUCGACCAAACGCGGCGGUACUACCGAGGCCAAGCCUUCAACGGGAUCGACGGCUAUGAGCGCAACCUGCAGCGGAUCGGGAUUGACACCAGCGAGAACGCCGGAACGGAUGUCGGUACCGAGGGAAUACAGAACAUGGGCCAACUGAUGGAAAGCAUGAAGUCUAGGUACGAUCAGCAGUUGCAGUUCUAGUUCGCGGAAGAUACAAGAACGUCGUUGUAUACGUACAAUUUGUAACGAUCAUCGGUGAGCUGAAAUUGCUGAAUGCUGCUUGAAUGUUGAACCUGCUCAACCUUUUGUCUUAGUGAAGCAUCUAGAUGGUACUAAAAGAUUUCAAUGCGGAUCAGACUCGAUGCCGCCAAGAAGAACUACAACAUGACACGUACAUAAACAGGUUACCAACCCGCAAGAACUUGUUUUUGGAGUGCCUCGCGAAGAUGCGAAAGAUCAAGGCGGGAGGCAAGACCAGAAGACGUGCGGCCGUUGAACGCGAGAAGCGACGAAGAAAACAGCGGGUGCAGACGGCCGCAGAGGCAGAAGAUCUUGCGAAAACCACCGCACUGAAAACCGAAACGGAUAGACUCACACAAGUCAUGGCUACGCAGCAAAAGGCGGCAAGGCUACACUACUUGCAGCGGGCCUUCGAGGAAAAAGAAACAGAGCACAGAGCGCUCCUGCAGACCAAGACCGCGGCAAGAAGGUAUUUUUGAUGGCUUUUUUUUGGGUAAUAUACUCUGUACUUAGCUGUACGCAUGAUCAUGUUGUUCCCAUUUCGUUCUACAGCAGUCCCAGUCGCGUGAUGCUGGGUCAUUAGUUGCUAAAUGAAUUUACGUGAUUUUUGCAGAGUUAACAUUGUUGGAGACAGGAAAGUGUUGAUGCCCAUGUAGUUGCUUGAGUCCGUAACCUACUUAAAGAAUUCCAAGCGCCACUGAUUUCUGGUGGCAUAAUUGUCACCUCAACCACUUCAUCUCGAUUGCACGACAGGAAAUCCGAAAGCGAGGACCGGUGGGCCGCUGCGUCGCAGAUAGUACGAGAGGAGUACACCGGCGCGCACUAUCCAGGAAAAAACACCAACUCCCAUCCAAUUUGUCAUGCAAAACAUGCAAAGGGAAAGGCUGCAGUGUUUGUCAUGCAACAAAUGGAUGGGUAUGCUAUGGGUGUUUUUUCCUGGAUGCGCAGGCUGCUGUCCGGAAAGACCACCACGAGACGUUCGUGAUGAUGGAAAAGGACCGCAAAGCGGCACGGGAGUACAAGCACGCCUCUUACUGUGACCGCGUACUCGAUGACCUCGUGCACAUCGCGGACAAGAUAUGGGAGUGCACAAUAAAAAUUCCCCCUCGCUCUCAUUUGUAAUGCAAAAUACCAAAUCCACCUCCUAGUCUUACUUGCGUUGUUGAAGCGCCGUCCGUAUGACAAAUUUUAGAACCUUAAACUUAAACAGUACUACAAUCCGGGCGCAGGAGAAGAUAUGUAAUGGUGCGAGAGACCCACAAUUUCUGCCGUUACUUCUACUUGUGUUGCUGUUCUACUGCCAUACAAAUGACGGGGACGGGGGGGAGUUGUGCACUCUCAUAAAAGAUUUUUCGCCACCGCCAGGCCAAGUACCAAGCCACCGGAGAACUGCCCCCGCCGUCGAUGCCCCCACAAGACUACCGUGUUUUUCUCGAAGAAUUCGUCGAGAUGGGUGCUGGGCCGAGGCAGCCGUAGAAUUAUUUUAGCUAAAACUUCUUGUUGUUGUUUGCCUUUGCUGUUCAUCUUGACAGACAAUUUGCAUUUGUCCCCUGACUCUCCUCCUUCGUUUUGAUGAUCCUUUGAUACUGUUACUGUCACUGUCUGCAACAUGGGAGGCAUAAGUAGAAAAUUUCGAUUGUGGUCCACAAGAACCUCGACCACAUAUGAAGUCAAUGUCAACAGAAGUACUUUAUACAAACACGUCGAAUUAUUAUUAUAAACAGGCGUCCAGAUUUGUCUUCUGACGGCGACAAGGAGCCGGAAGCAUUGCCCGUGCCGCCUGCAGGACCGAUUGUGUCUCGGCUGGGCUCCGACGCGAUCGUGCGUGACUUUUUUUUCAGUCAAAAUGCCUGGAGCGUUUCCGCCGAACAGGCCGCCGCACUCGCAGCCGCCCGGGAGGAACUUCCGCCGCCAGAGUUUGCGUCCUAUCAACCGCAAAUAUGUCUGGGUCUGGAAACUUGUGAUGCUGGGUGGCGUCUCAUGAUGAGGCCACAAGUGCUGGCUCAGCAUGACAAGUUUCUGAGCUGCUAGGUGUUGCCUAUUCUGCAUGACAAACUGCGUUUCUGCAUCACAGAAAAGUUGAGCUUUUGGGUAACGUGCAUGACAGAUUUAAGAGUCCUGCCAGACACGCAUGACAAACGUGCACUCUUGUUCCAGACCCAGACAUUUUUGCAUUUGAUACGUCCGUCGCGGAGACGAUCACCAAGAUUUUCCAGGACGACGCGUACGACACCAAGCUGCAAGUGCGCAAAAGCGUAUUUGAAAAAAUUCCGGAGAUCAAGCUCGAAGAUCCUUCCGUAGGAGCAGAAGGUGAUUCUGCUCCACCCGCGGAGGGGGAAGAAGAUCCGAAGGCUGUUGCGGCCCGGUACUUGCCCGCACCCACCCGGGAAGACAUCGAGUUUGUCCUCGUCAGCGGCCCGCCGCUGUCGGGCAAGCGGUCUGUAGUGCAGGCGCUGGCAGGUGACCACGUCUUUGUCGUUAUGAAUUGCAAAAGUAUCGUACUCGUACUAGUACUACUACGCACUACUCGCACUCAUGCAUUACAAAUCUGCUUCUCAAGCAGGAAAAUCCGCAUUUUACAGAUUUUGUUUCUCGUCAUGCUGAGGACGAAUAAAUUAUUUGUCAUGCAAAAAUUUAUACUAGUAGUACGAUACUUUUGCAUCUGAUAGUCGUGGAUUACGAGCAAUUGAUCACCGGGGCACACGCAGUGUGGCUUGACUACAAGGUACGUAUAUUUAAACAUGGUUCGGUGUCAUAAUGCUAGUACCUCCUCUGUUCCUAUCGUAUGCAGAUCAGUACAACGGCGGGAGCAUAGAUAUGGUAGGUCUAGGUGGAGGAAAAAAAUGGAACGGGAAGUGCCACCAGAAAGCAAGACGUCGUCGUCGAUCUUUCAGUUUACUUUUCUGGUGACCUAAAAAAUGAAAAACGGAAAAAUGUUACAGCCCGAGAAAGUCGAGAACCCCGAGGACGAACCCGCACUACCGUUGGAAAUCUCCGCGCUGACGGAAGGGCACGCGGGCAACACGGCUGCUUUCGCGCAGAUGAAGGACGAGCUCCUGGCAGCUCUCGACCUGCCGCCGCCCAAGAAGGGCGAGCCUGCCCCGGGCGAGGGCGUGGCGAAGAAGUAUUUAAUGCAGACGGAGCUGACCCAGAGCAUGUUCGAGAAGCUGCUGAAGACGCACUUGGCAACCACGGUAGACGAAAAGUGCACCCCUUACCUCGCGUCCGCGUGCCUGCAGAAGCGGGAGAAGAUGGCGACCGACCUGGCCGCACUGCAGGAAGCACAAAAAAGCGCGGAGGCCGAACUGCACGAAAUUCAGAACCCGCCAGCGCCCGAACCGGCGGAGGGCGAAGAGGAUGAACCUCCCCAAGCGCCAGAAGUUGACCAGGAAGCGCUUGCGGAGGCGGAGGCGAAAGUUGACGCCGCGAUCCGAGCAGUCCGCGAGUGGCACGCCAAGGUGAAGAGGAUAUGAGACUGCACAACUCGUCGUCCCCCUUCCCCUCGUUUGUUAUGCCAAAUUCCAAAUAGAAGACGACCCCUUGCUUGUAUAACACAACUGUUUGCAUGAAAGAUUCCGGAAUGAUCCAAAACAGCACUAUAGUCCUCUAGGAAUUUGUCAUGCAAAAGGUGCAUCUUUGCCAGCGCUUGCGUUGCUGUUCAUGCAACACAUCAAAUGAGGGGGAGGGGGAGUUCUUGUGCACUCUCAUAGAGGAAGCCGCGGUGCUACAUCGUCCUCGCCGCAGACUACUACCCCAUGGACGCUGCGGAAACCACGUCUCUGAUGCACAACUGCAUUUUGCCGAUUCUGGGCUGUGACCUGGCCGCGCUGGACUCGGAAACUGCGAGCAGCGCGUUGCCGAAGCCUACGGACUCGGAAUCGCGGAAGACCAAGGCGCAGCGCGCCAGCGCGGUGCUGCUGCCAGAGUUGGGGUUGCUCCGGGAUGGUGCCAUGGUACCGCCCGGCAGUCCGGCCAGCUCCUCUUCUAGCGGUUUUUAUUCCCGUGCGUCGAGUAAAGCAAGGCAACCCAUCGCGACACUGCCGUGCUUGCGCAAGGUGUAUUUGAGCGCCGGCCCGGAAGUGUACGAGCGCCCGGACGACCCUUCGCGGCUGCCGGAGACGUUUUUCAACACGGGGGCAACAGCAGAGGCGGAAGGCGAAGGCGCCUCGGCAGCAACAACCUGCUCCGUCUUCCCCUUCGUCAGAGCCACGACCCACCCGCUGAUCGACCGGGUGUACCAGGCAAAGGUUGCACUGCAGAGUGCAGUAUCGAAUGCAAAUUAAUAUGUCUGAGUCUGGAUGGAUUCGAAUUUGUGAUGCGCGUUUUGGAUCAGACAAAAAUCUGUCAUGCGUGGACAGCAAAUAUUAAUAAAGACUCCUACUUUAUUUCGUCAUCAAAAUCUGGAAUUGGAAAUCGUCUCAAAUAAACCUGUCGUGAUGCAAUCGCACGCUUGCAUGCCAGAGCUUCUGCUGGGUCAUACAAAAACUGCAUUACAAAGUCCGCACUCUUCCAGACCAAGACCCAGACAUCAUGUUUGCAUUCUAUAUGCAGCCCAAAGUCCCUUCACCCCCGUGGCAGCCCCCGCGUCUUCCAGUUCCAAGGCGCCGCGGUCCAAGAAAUCCGGCAGCAUGAUGGGCAGCUCCGCCAUGCUGUCGGCGUCGGCCUCCGCCUUCCCGCUCGGCGCAUCCUCUGCUGCUCCCGCAGGAGGUGCUCCGCGAGUGCCGCCGCCGUCCAAUUUCCAAGUGUUCCGCACCUCCACCGACGAGGGGGUCCGCCCGGUCGUGGACAUCGCCAGCGACAUUCGUAACGCAAUGCUGGUGCCCGAGACCCCGGUUCUGCCGCCCGUUGCGCCCGCGUCGGACGGGACGGAGUACGAACAAUGGGGCCAAGUGGCACUCGCCUACGAGCAAAAGUGCCUCAACCUGCUCGACUCGCUGACGGGCCAGACGCAGACUUUCUUUCGGGAGUUGGAGGACAAAAAACAGAGCUUCGAGAAGUUCAUGAACCUGUAUGACAGUGCACAACUCCCCCUCCCCCUCAUUUGUCAUGCAAAAUACCCAGUCCACCGCACCGCUUGCCUCUACUUGGCACUGUUUGCAUGACAAGUCCGGGUAGCUCAACGAGCACUAUACUCCAUUGCUAAUUUGUCAUGCAAAACUGGCAUUCUACUUGCUGAUGCUUGCAUUGCCGUUCAUGCUAUACAAAUGAGGGGGAGGGGGAGUUGUUCACUGUUAUAACCUGAAAAACGAGAACUUGAAGCAGCCCAUCCGCGAGGCGGGCCGCAGCGUAUGCAUCGCAAAUAUGUCUGGGUCUGGAAGGAUGCAACUUCUCAUGCUAAAUCUGAACCAUGCAAAAAUCUGUGUUGCGUGAUUACCAAAAGUCGUCCACUUUUGACCAAGUUGGGAGGGGGUUGCUCAUGCAGGAUAGGCAUGAUAUUGAUAGAGAUCCUCGCACAGAAUCUGUCAUGCUAUGUCCUGCAUUCCAGACCUCAUGGGUCAUUGAAAAACCGCAUGACAAAUCGCGCACUCUUGCAGACCCAGACACUUUUGCAUUUGAUAGAGCGCCGUGCGGAACGACAACGCCGCCGAGAAUGUGUCGGACCUGUUGUGGGCGGAAGCUAACCGACGGCGGAAGGACUCGGAGGAAGAAUUUACAAAAACCUACCUCGACGACAGCGCCUGGUGGAAGUCGAAAAUUUUAGAUUUUCUCCUCAAGACGUAGAACCCGCUCAAGUGUUACAAGAAUCUCAAGCGUUACAAUAGAAUAUGGAAAUCUGUGAUGCAAGAGUGCAUGAUCUAGCCAUCAACUCUAAUAGGAAUGCGCAUGACAAGUUCCGGAUCCACCGCGACCGCCCCAAACGCCAAUACAAUCUGGCGAAAUUUGUAUUGCAAAAGGUGGAACGCUGUGCGAGUCUGGUGUCAACAUGCUCAUCAUGCAACACAAAUUCCAGACUCUGUUGCUGUAACGUUUGAGAUGGUAACCGAUUUGAGCAAGUCAUAAGACGGCCGAGCAGUUUCUCGAAGCCCACUGGCUGUACGCGAUCGAGUAUCCAAGAAAAAAACGUUGUUAGUGUAAAUUUGUGAUGCGCAACAUGCAAGACGGUUGCGUCUGUCAUGCUUGGCAUGCAUCGUAGGGCCCAUUCAACGGCGUUUUCCCAUACUAUCUGCGCAUGACAGGGAUUUGCUUUCAUGCGAGAGAUUUUUGUCAUGCUAUUGCUAAUCCUCCAAGAAAGUGACACCUACAAUGUUUUUUUCGUGGAUAUCGAGCUCAGCGGUCUGGUGGCGGGCGUAUCCACGGGUGACGCGGCAACCGCGGUCGGGCCAAUAUGAACUGCAAAAGUAUCGUACUAGUAUAAAUUGCAAUACAAAUUUCCUUAGCAUGAGAAAUGGAAUUUGUCAUGCUGUUUUAGCUUAGAAAGGCGAUUUGUCAUGCAUAAUUGCGAUUACUACGAGUACGAUACUUUUGCACAGGAUAGCCAACCACCUUUACCAAAACGUCACCUCCAACUUCGAAGAAGUUUCUCGCCGGAGGCGCGAUGCAGCACUUGCCCAUUCCCGGGGACGACAACGUGUUCGCUUUGGGUCGAUUGGUGAUGAACACAUCACCCCUGCCGGGAGCACCAUCACCAGAAGGAGACCACCCAGGAGCCGUUGCUGUCCCGGUCAGCGAGGCUAUGCGAUUAUUGGACGCUUUGUGUCACAUGUAUUCCAGCGCGGCCGCCACGACGUCGGAACAAAUAAGCAGUCCGAUAGAUCCAGGUGUGCAACCGUUCUACCUGGAAAGGUGUCACUCCACGCUCGCAAAGUUUCGUGACCUGGCUAUCCUGAGUAAAAACCAACCUCCCCGCGGAUUGGCAGUGUAGUACUCGUCUUUAGGUAGUGAAGCAUCAUCAAAGAUCUAGCGCAUCAUGCUAGUAGUUCGAGCGUCACAAAUCUCAAAACACGUACGAGAAAAUGCUUAUCUAUCAUGAUGGGCUCCGCACGAGAAACAUUUGCAUUUACUUACAACUCUGGGGGCGCGGGAAUGCUUUUACGCGGGAUACUUGCCCGCACGAUCGAGGCCACGACACGACAAACGCUUGUGGAAAUGGAGGGCUGGAUUGCAAAAAGGGUAUAACAUACGUGAAGAUAAUUUUUCUCACAGGAGCAAGUAGAAGCUUGAGUUUUCUUCUUGUGCAUCGCGAUGCUUGAACCACGAUGAUCACGUCGGAUAUUAACAAGUAAAUGAAAAACAACGUCAAAAAUUCAAACACCGCCCCACGAGGUUUCUUUGGAGAACGAGGUAAUCAACAAGUACAUGGAGGCGAUUCGCAUCCGCGUCGCCGCGGAAGUGGAGCCCCCAGCGAAGAGUAAGGAGAAAAAAUUGAUCGAGUAUGCCGUGGAGACGUCAAUUUUGGAGGAGUGUACCCCCGUGCCGUCGUUUGCGGUCCAGCCACCGCCUGGGUCCGUUCCUCCGCGCACGACCAUUUCGUCCGCUUCCAGCGCGGCAAGCGCCGCUAGUUCCUCGUCCCAGAAGUCGGCACGCGGAGGUUUUUUUCCGAGUAAUUCCUCGAGCACCUCCUCGUCCGCGUGUAGUUCUUUCUCGGGAGCCGUGAUUGUGGACAAAUUCCUCAGUUGUGCAUCUUCAAGGCCUGCUGGCGGCGCGUUCAGCAACGUGUUGAUAAAUGGGUCCUCCUCCUCGUCGUCGUCCAGCACAACUCCAUCUUCGUUUAUUCAGAAAUUGGAGGCCAUGUACCUGGCCGGUUGCCGCUACGAGGUUUUGGACCAGUUUCCUCCCUCUCUGCUCCGCUUCCCGGUGGACAAACUUUCGGACUUCGCCCGGUUUGUCCCCCCAAAGUGGUGCGGCUCCCCGCUGGUGCCGCUCUUGUUCUACAACCGGAGUUUACAGCCCGACGCGCUGGCGAAAAUCCUGGCUGCGUGCACAUCCGCUACGGAUCUUCUCACCGAUAUGGAAGCGUCAGGACUGAAAUCGUCAAAGUUGAAAUACUUUGUGAUGCAUAAAAUGCUAGACGCAAAGGGCCUGUCUUGCAGAGCAGGCAACUGAGGCCGAUUAUCAGCCUGCUUGGGGUGUGAGGUAGAGCUGCUAAGAUAGCAUGACAAAAGCAGUCUUCUCUGCUCAAACAGCAUGACAAAUUGUAGUUCCAUGCUCCCAAAAUUUGUCAUGCGCCACUUGCAAGCUGGGCUCCAGCUUGUAUCGCUUUUCUGCAUUACAGAUUAUUUCAACUUUGUCGAUUUCAUUCCUGACGCUCCCAUAACCGAAGACAGCUUUGCGGGCAUCGGCGGGCUCUGGUCGCCGCCUCCUGCGUCGCCGGAGGAGGGGCGGGUGCUCAAUCGACUGCUCUACGGGGCCGCUACCGGCAUUCUCGGGUAAGUACGGAUUGCUCAUGCUUCUUGUUGUGUGACUUUCACCUUUGAUGUUUAUUUUUUUUUCUGCGUGCAUCUUGUAGUAGUAGUUCAUCGAGGAGGUCAACACAUGUUCAUGUUGAUGUUGAUUCUCAUUCUUUUUUAUUCGCUUUGGUUGAGUUGCUGCCUUUCCUUGCUGAAAUUGGUUCUUUAACAGUUCCCCCGGAACUACUUCUACCUAAGAUCUAUCACAACAGGAUGUGGGCCCUUCUCUCCGGAGCCGAUUUCCCCCCAGGAUCCGCGUCCGGCUCCGGGAGCCUUUGUGAGCCCGUGCUGGCUAUGGAUUGCAAAAAUGUCUGGGUCUGGAAGAUUGCAACUUGUAAUGCUGUUUUUGGAUUCCAAAAUAAUCUGUAUUGCAUGACCAGCAACAGGACUCCAGUUUGUGUUACGCGGAGAGGGCAUUUCUCAUGCGGAAUAGGCAUUAGGAAGCCCUCUAAAAAUCUGUGUUGCUAGAUCAUGCAUUAGGGGCAUCAGUCAUCAUACAAAAGAUGCAUGACAAGUCUGCAUUGAUUCUUCCAGACCCAGACAUUUUUGCAUUUGAUACUGGCGGUUUUGGAGAGCGGAGCACUGGAGUUCACUGCGACACAAAUAGACGAUCUGGCGUAUGAGGGAAAAAUUUGCACUGCACCCAGAGCCAGAGCCUCACAGCACCAGCACCAGAGUACAACAAACAUAUUAAUCCACUGCAGGUGCUGUCCGAAGAUCUACGCAGCCUACGGAGGACGACUAGACAUAUCUAGAUCUUCGUCCUUAGCAGCGUAGAAGUACUGUGGAGAUAGUCCACAGGACUACUAGACAGACACUACGACAAGGCGACUCUAGUACUUUUUUAGGCUGUUGCACACGCUGGGCCCUUUAUGAGUACUAUUGCGCAACCGCAAGCAGAGAGAAAUCAGUAGGACAUUAUGUUGCGGUGGAUGUAUGCGCAGAGUCCUCUGUGGUCUAGAGGCACCACUUCUAACAACUGUAGCUGUAGUUCCCCCGCCCUGGUGCUUGCACGUAAGUGUAGUUUCAGUUUGUAUACUCCGUGAACAUGGUUUGUUGUGUGCCGUUGCAGAUUUGUUUCCCUGUACAUGGCGUAUCCGAACCCCGUCGAACAGAAGGCACGGGACGACUUCAAGCAAGCAGCACACGCUGCUAACCCGCUGCUAGAGCAAGCCGCAGCCGGGAUUAAUAUGGCCGCGGAGACCACAAGCCCGGCGGCAGCAGCAGGAGACCACCCCCCGUCGCAAACCACUCCAGUGGCCGGGGCGGGUGGCGAGAUGACCAUGCUGAUUCCCCCGCCAACCGUUGGAACAGGAACUCCGGAAAACCCCGUCGUUGUGCCGGUCAAGCUUUCCCGGAGUGUAUUCGCAUCAGCGACGGAGGCACAGAACCUCGCGCUCGCUGUGACUCCGCUGCUACCUGGCGAUUCUCUCGUGCAAAACUUUUUUUCCUUUCUCCUCGUCACACUGCCACUGCACCAGCCUCCACCCAAGCCGGUAGCUGCUCCUGCCGCGGCCGAAGACGGGGAGCAGGCCCCCGCAGCGGAAACUGCAAACGAGCAGGGCGAACUGCCACCAGUGGAGGUCGAACAGGCGGCGCAAGCACUUGAUGCGGAAACCUUUUCCCUGCACUGCCUGCUGCAAGUGGUUGGGAAAAUGUUGCCCCCAGUACUAUAUCCAUUGUAAAGUAGGUAUCGCAAUAGUAUAAAUUGCAUCACAAAAAACAAAAAAUCUAGAAGAAAAAUGGAAUUUGUAAUGCUGCUGGAAGAUAUACGUAAACUUAAAAUUAAAAAGGGAUAAUUUUCAUGCAUGAUAUUUAUAUUAGCAAUUACUACGAGUACGAUACUUCUUUUGCACAGGAUAUACUAGCGCCGCCCGCAGCCGAGCCGGAGGAGGAAGUUGUAACUGCGGUGGCGGAACUGUCCAGCUUUAUCGAGAAGUACUUCAACGCCACCAGUAUUGAGGAGAAGCUGGCGGUGGAUGAAACGACGAACGACUUGCGGUAUCCUGUGCAAAAUCAAAAAUAUCGUACUAGUAGAAAUCGAAUGUUGACAAAUUUGCGCAGCACGUCACAUAGAAUUUAUUAUUUGUAAUGCUGAUUUAUUAGCUGGUUGGGAAGAUGAAGAUGAAGAUUUGCAUUUGCCAUGCACGAUUGCGAUUACUACAAGCCCGAUACUUUUGCGUUGUAUAUAAGUCUGUCCCGCGAACUGUUUUUCGCGUAUCCAGCAGUCUACCCGCCUAUGGAAGCGUCAGGUUUGAAAUCGACAAAGUUGAAAUGAUUCGCCAUGCAUAAAAUGCAAGGCAUGAAGUGCCUGUCUUGCCGGGAUGGCAAGCGUGGCCGACUGUCAGCCUAUUUAGGGCUUGAAAUAGAGCUGCUAAAGUAGCAUGACAAAAGCAGUCGUCUGUGCCCAAACAGCAUGACAAAUUCGAUUCCGGUUCUCGGGAAAUUUGUCAUGCACCGCUUGGAAAUUGGGCUUCCAACUGGUAUCGAUUUAUGCAUUACAAGUUAUAAUUUCAACUUUGUCGAUUUCAAACCUGACGCUUCCAUACCGCCCGUGGCCAAGAUCUUGGCUGCAUGCGCGUCGCGAUUCUUCCGCACGCAACCUGUCACUUGGGACUGGUGAAUGAUCACCGAUUGGUGCACGAAUGGUCGUGGUCCUCUCGUAGUGCAUAUCGUGCGAAAGUACUUUUCUAAGCUCCUGCCUGAGUGAGAAUAGAAGUACAUCAAAAUUGCAGUCUGCACUAGUCGCAGCUGCUUCUUGCACUCGAUAACUCCAAGACCGCACGUCGUCGCGAUCGUGCAAUGAUCGCUAAGAAACGAAAAGAGAAGGCACUACAAGUAUACUAGAUCCUACCAAUAGCAAUACUAAAUUAUGACUUCCCAUAAAGAGGAAUAGCAAUAGGUACUACUGUGAACACACACAAGUAGAUAAACCAGACAACUACAAUUGAUGAGCAAAGACGAUGAGGUUAGUUCGUUGAUAGCAAGCCCAGCGUCUGAAAAGGACAUGGACAAAUACGAGCGAAAUGCAAGCAAAGUGAAAAGCAUUUUCUUG